AUGGGACUGGGAGGAGGAAAUGGUAGUGAAGAUGAAGAAGGGGAACAUCGAGUUAAUAGGGAAAAAGGAAAAGCAAUCCUAGAAGAUGAAAUGGAGGAGGAUUAUAAAGAAAACAGAGAAAUUUAUAUGAUGAUUGAAAAUUGUUAUGAUAGUGAUGAUCCCCGAGACAGAGAAAUCUUGAAGACUAUGCUUGCCUACCGACUAGACAAUAGUGUCAUUCCCGAAAUUAAACAAUUGCACGAAUUCAUCAAGAAUGAGAGUAUAUUUGAAAUUUCUGCUGAAGAAUUGAGCAUCAAAGUAUUGAUAUUGCAGGAAAAGUUCAAUCUUAUUGUGAAAGAGAAGGGUCUAAGACCUGCAUUUGAUGAACUCUAUUAUCAAGAGAUGUUUGAUCUCUCAAAGCAAAUAUGGGGAAAAUUAAGCAUUUGUUUGUAUUUUCAAUUCAAGAAUCUGAAAUGUUACACGAACAAUUACUUCGGUUCUUCUGAAAAUCUGAUUAUCCCUGUUGCGUCCAUUGCUUGCAACACUUCAAAAGUAGUAACUAUCAGAAGGCAAAUGCAUGAAAAUCCAGUACCAAGCUCAAAAAUGAGCCCACGAAUUCAAGAUUGGUCUACUCAAAAGAGCCACCAUCUUGCAGGGCAUUGGGCUGCACCAAAUAUAACAAUUGAGAUGCCCCAAGAAGGGUCUGACAAUGAAGACUUGGUAGAUGAUCAAGAAACAAAUCAAGAAGAUGGUGAUGAUCAUCAAGAAGAAGAGAAUCGUCAAGAAGGAGAUGGUAAUGAUCAAGAUGAAGAAGUAAAUCAAGAAAACGAAAAGGAGGUCAUUCAUGGUGAUACCUCCUCCUCAGACUCGUUGGAAGAAGAAGGAGUAGAAGAGAGCCGCAAAAGGAGAAGAAAAUCCUCCACAGAGGAAAAAAAAGAAGAUGAUGAGAAAGAAGAUCAACAAGUGGAAGAGCAAGAACUACCACUUGCCUGA